AACCGAGUGAAGUCGCCUAUCUGUGCUGUUCCGGAAAUACUCCUCAUUAUGUCUCUACCCUCAUUUUCUGACGAAACGGCUGCCCAGGCUGUCAUUACUAUCUUGAAACGCUUUCCCGAGUUCGCCAACGCCAAGACUGCCAUUAUUGGCGGCCUGAGUCUAUGGAAGGAUAUUCGAGAAUACCGCUUCACCGAGAUGUCGAUUUCCUGAUUACUGUCCAAAGUGCCCCGCAAGCGGUGAAAGAUAAGCUACUUGCCAUGCCUUCGAGCCCUUUUCAACAGCAAGCGCAGAUUUUCUUGUAUAAAGAUCCAAACGGGAAGCUCAUCCAAAUCGAUUAUGUGACCCCGGAUUGGCAGUCUCCGUACCUCCCAUCUGCGGCGGUCGCGAUCUCAUCUGUCCACGCGGGGUCUCUCCCGUACAUUUCGGAGGUCGACCUUCUUGUUUUCAAGAUCAACAGCUGUGGCCUGCGACCGACUCCAGCAAAGAAGAUACGUGAUGCAAGAGAUGCUCUGUCUUUGCUGGAUGAUCUUCGUUCGAAGGGACCGUUAAUUCUAUCGCCUCUACAGAAGGCCGCUGUCCUUCAGGGUCUAGAUGAUGUGGCUCAGCUCUCCGGGAAGGAUAAAGACUGGUGGCAGUCUGCACUGGCAUUGAAUCAUGAGUAAUAAUACAAUCUUCAAUUUCAGCAUGUAGUAAGAGAAGUGUCCGCCUGGUGACCAAUCCAUGAUUCUAGAAGCCUCA